GCUGCAGGGUCGCCGCAGCCCGGGUCCGAGCGGCCUCCCCGGCUGGCUGUGGCCGCGGCGGAGGGCGGGGCCUGCUCGGAUGACUGAAGCGGUGCCCAAGCGCACGCGGUGGGCGGGGAAGGGGUCAGGUGCGGGCCAAGGCAAGGGGACACUCACGUCCCCGGCGCGCCACUCCAGGGGCUCCCGUCUGCACGUGCCCCGGCCGUGCCACUCGCGCCGGCUCCACCAGGCUGCGGAGGGCUCGCGCCCGCGCUCCGGGCUCGGGGGUUCGCGUCUUUGUUCCCGCCCACGCGAGGCCCAUUUUGACGGAUUGCGUUCGCGGCUCGCCGGUGGCCAAUCGGCGAGCCCGCCCUAUUUUCCACGCCCCCUGGGGGGACACCGGAGCACCGCCCCUCAGCCUGCUCACGUGGUCCGGGCCUGCGCUGCUCGUCUGCUCUUUGGGGUGCAGCACCUAGGGCGGCUUGCUCUGCCAUCGCGGGUCCCCGGAGCCGGCCUGUGUGCGUUCUCGCCUCUAGUCGCUCGUCGCUACCCGCGCUCCGACCGUUCCUGGGCGUCCCGGGGCGCAGGCGGCGCUCUCCCGUUUACCAGCGAGGCCGAGCCCGUUGUAGCAUCCGGCAGGGAAAUGGUUGUGGUUUCGGUGCCCGCCGAAGUCACAGUUAUCCUGUUAGAUAUCGAAGGUACCACAACUCCGAUUGCUUUCGUGAAGGACACCUUAUUUCCGUACAUCAAAGAGAAUGUCAGGGAGUACCUGCAGACACACUGGGACGAGGAGGAGUGUCAGCAGGAUGUCAGCCUGCUGAGGAAACAGGCUGAAGAAGAUGCGCACCUGGAUGGCGCUGUCCCGAUCCCCGUGGCGUCUGGAAAUGCGGUGGAUGAUCUCCAGCGGAUGAUCCAGGCUGUGGUGGACAACGUGUACUGGCAGAUGUCUCAUGACCGGAAGACCACGGCGCUCAAACAGCUGCAGGGUCACAUGUGGAAGGCAGCUUUCGCAGCGGGCCGCAUGAAGGCAGAGUUCUUCGCAGAUGUGGUCCCAGCAGUCAGAAGGUGGCGAGAGGCUGGAAUGAAGGUGUACAUCUAUUCUUCAGGGAGUGUGGAGGCUCAGAAGCUGCUCUUUGGGCAUUCCACAGAAGGGGAUAUCCUUGAGCUUAUUGAUGGCCACUUCGAUACCAAGAUUGGACACAAAGUGGAGAGCGAGAGUUACCGGAAGAUUGCAGAUAGCAUCGGGUGUUUAACCAGCAACAUCUUGUUUCUCACAGACGUGACUUUAGAGGCCAGUGCUGCCGAGGAGGCAGAUGUGCAUGUCGCUGUGGUGGUGAGACCCGGCAACGCGGGACUAACAGAUGAUGAGAAAACAUACUACAACCUCAUCACGUCCUUCAGCGAGCUCUACCUGCCGUCAACAUAGAGCAGAUUCUGAGGAAGACUAAACUGUCCCCCUAAUGUCCAGCUUUAUUCUAAUUGUAAAAGUAACUUACUUGUGUACACACAGACAUAUGCAAGUGUAUAUACAUGCCUGUGUGCUCAGAUCAAUUUCCAUGGCACAUGUGUGAGCAAAGUAGUCAGUUCUGUGAGAACCAAAUUCAUGUAAAGAUGCUUUAUGUGUGGACCAUAACUCUAACUCUUACCAAGGCCAGAGUGUAUUUGAUAGAAGAAAAUCAAAUGUGUGAUAUUUAUCAAAUUGUUUAUUAAAAUGGAAAACUAGUUUUGAGAAAUUAUUAUCCAGAGACCUUGUUAUUUUAAAAACUGGAAGUGCUUCACAGGCAUUCGUAAGAGGAAUCCCUGACUCUGCCUUGUGAACUCGAAUCACACUGCUGCA